GCCGGGGCUCUGUCCUGCCGGGCGGGGCCGGGACGCGGGCGGGGCGGGUGCCGGGACGCUGCCCGCGGGCGCCUCGGUGCCCAGACGCCGGCGGCUGCCCGGCUCGUCGGCUCGGCGACCCUGGCCCCCGCCCCGCCGACCAUGCCGCCGCCCGCGCCGCCCACCGUGCUGGUGCCGUCGGAGCGCGCAGUGGUGCUGCUGUCGUGCGCGCUCUCCGCGCUCGGCUCGGGCCUGCUGGUGGCCACGCACGCACUGUGGCCGGACCUGCGCAGCCGCGCGCGGCGCCUGCUGCUCUUCCUGUCGCUGGCGGACCUCCUGUCGGCCGCCUCCUACUUCUACGGGGUGCUGCAGGACUUCGCGGGCCCGUCGUGGGACUGCGUGCUGCAGGGCGCGCUCUCCACCUUCGCCAACACCAGCUCCUUCUUCUGGACCGUGGCCGUCGCGCUCUACCUGUACCUGAGCAUCGUGCACGGCGCGCACGCGCCCCAGCCCGACCGCCUGCUCUGGGCCUUCCACGUCGUCAGCUGGGGGGUUCCGCUGGCCAUCACCGUAGCGGCCGUCACUCUGAAGAAGAUCGGCUACGACGCCUCCGACGUGUCCGUGGGCUGGUGCUGGAUCGACCUGGAAGCUGAGGACCACGUGCUGUGGAUGCUGCUGACCGGGAAGCUGUGGGAGAUGCUGGCCUACGUCACGCUGCCCGUGCUGUACCUCCUGGUCAGGAAGCACAUCAACAGAGCGCGCGCCGCCCUCUCCGAGUACCGGCCCAUCCUGUGCGAGGCCCACCAGCUGCAGCGCCGCUCCGCCUCGGUGGCCGACACCAAGCUGGUGCUCAUCCCGCUCAUCUUCAUCUGCCUGCGGAUCUGGAGCACCGUGCGCUUCGUGCUGACCCUGUGCGGCUCCCCGGCCGUGCGCAUGCCGGUGCUGGUCGUUCUGCACGGGAUCGGGAACACCUUCCAGGGAGGCGCCAACUGCAUCAUGUUCGUGCUGUGCACCCGCGCCAUCCGCACGCGGCUCUUCGCGCUCUGCUGCUGCUGCUGUCCCCAGCCGGCGGCCGAGACCCCAGCCAGCACUCCCGGGGCUCCCGCACUCUCCAAGACGGGAGACCCCCAGCCACCCAGACGGACCGCGGGGGAACUCCCCAGCACCUGAGCUUGUGCCCUCGCUGGGAUGUGCACAGAUGCCGCCUCUCCGGGGACCGCGGUUCUGCGCGCCUCUGCCCGCCUCUGCCCGCUGCAGGAAGCGGGGGCAGGUGCCUGCUGCGCCCGGAGCCCCCACCGGUGAGACUCGCGCCCCCUGGCGGCGGGACAGCUGCCAGCUCAGCUUCUACCUCCAGACCUCCGUCGGCUAGUCCCACCCACACCUGGCUGCUCGCCUGAAGCUGGCGUGGGACUCAGGGCAGCCGAUAGGAUGUGACCCCCGGCAGGCUUGUGAGCCCGCGGGCCUGGGGGUCCUGAGGCCCCACGGUGCUGUUUACAAAGCGGGGGAGCCGCACCCGUGCCCCCAUCCUGCGGAGCCCCUGCACAACCCCCCGGGGUAGCAGGGGAGCCAGUCACAGGCUGCAGGUUGUGCAGUGAGCGCCGUGAGUGAGCACAGCCCAGCACAGCUGCCCACCGCAGUCUCAGGGCCUCCUGGACUCCCCGCGUGUGGGCGACCAGCCCCGGAAGUAGACCGUGUUUGGGCCCCAGCUCAGGCCAGAACCCAGACUCCUGCCUCCGCCAGGCACUGUCACUCACGAUACAGCCUCCCUCCUGAGUGCAGGGGCUGGGCCCGGGGGCAGGAAGAGGAAUCUCAGGGAAGCCGUGGGGACGCCCACCCCGGCCCUCCCUCUCUCCCCAGGUCUGCCUGUUUUGAGGAAGACUAAACUGGGGUGAGUGGGGAGGGAAUCUGCCUUAAUGCACCUGCUAGUUUAUGUGGGGGGGGGGACAGGGGAGCAGAGAGGCAGUGAGUGACCCACACACGGGCUCCUCUCUGAAGGUGAAGGUGUUAGGAUUUAGCGUCUUCGGUGGCGACAGGGAUCCUGGGGUAAUUAUUUACAUUUAUAACAAGGACUCAAACUAGGCAUCCGUACAUUCUCUCCGGCUCUCCCACCUAACACUCUCCUCUUAUCUCAGAAGAGAAUCCCUCUGUUAAGUCUAGAAGCUGUGGGCUCAGAAAGGGAAGUGUAUGGGCCCUCAGGAGGCCGGGCGCAGGCAGGUGCAUCUGACACCUGGUCGCACCUGAGCCGCACAAUGGAAGUGACUUCCUGAGCCUCAUCUGAAGGUUCUGGAUUAAAGACAAAAUCAGGCGAUGCUCUCAAUUCCUGUUGUUCUCUCAAGAAUAGAAUCUGUAUGAGGAGAAGGUAUAGUUAUUUAUUUUUUAACUUAAUUACUUUAUUUGAAAGGCAGAAUGACAGAGAGAUCGCCCAUCUACUGGUUCACACCCCAGAUGCUUGCAGAAGCUGGGGCUGGGCCAGGCUGCAGCCAGGAGCCAGGAACUCCAUCCGGGUCUUCCAUGUGGGUGACAGGGGCCCAAGUAUGCGGGCCACAACCCGCCACCUCCCAGGCGCAUCAGCAGGGAGCACUCAUGCGGGGGGGGGGGGGGUGUCCCCAGAGCGGCUUACCCCGCUGCACCACGGUGCCCGGCCCAGGAACAGUGACGUAGAGGACUGAGUCCGGGACACUCGGGUGUGGUUUCUUUUGAAAACAGAUUUCUUUCUGGAAGUCAGCAGGUAGCGAACGUCCCCUUGGGACUCAAAGAAUGCUCUGGGCUGCUCGGCUGUGGGGCCGUCUACUCACAGCAGCAGGCGUGGGUCUCUGUGCCAGCAACUUCCUGGCCACAGAACUGGGGAAUACCCUCAGUGGCGCUUCUAGAAUGGCGCAGACAAUCAGGAGUUUGCCUUGAAAGAAGAUGAUCCCGGGCAGGGCGGGGGGGGGGGGGUGUUGUGGCCCCACAGGUUAAGCUACUGCUUGGGGUGCCUGCAUCCUGAGUUCGAGUCCUGGCCACUCUGCUUCCCAUCCAGUUCCCUACUAAUGUGCACCCCGGGAAGCAACAGAGGAUGGCUCAAGUGCUAGGACCCCUGCACCCACAUGGGAGAUCCUGCACCCACAUGGGAGAUCCUGGCUGUUGCAGGCAUCUGGGGAGUGAACCAGUAGAUGGAAGAUUUUCUCUCUCUCUCUCUCUCUCUCUCUCUCUCUCUCUCUCACUGUCUCCUUCUUUCCUCUCUCCUUUGCCUUUCAAAUAGAUGAAAAAAAAAAAAUCGGAUUCUAACGCAGGUGUUAGACUAGCCAUGCCCAGCAGGGGGCGCCUGCGCAUGCAGCGGUGUGGCUGCAGGCGGAGGCCGGUUUCCCUUUGGCUCUCAGAAAACACCAGCUCCAGGGGCCCGAGGCUCACUCAAAUUCUCUCUGCUGGUUUGAUGCCCCUGGCCAAAAACCUCAAAAAAGCCACAGCUGGAGUGUUCCCGGCUUGCGCUGCUGCCCAGCCUGUGGGCUCCCCUGCAGGGCGGUGAGCCUGUUGGGAUGGGGGGGGUGCUUGUCCUAGUGCCUCAGGCUGGGCCUGCAGCUGCCGCUUGUCUCGGGGUGGCCAAGAGGGAGGGAGAGAGGUCAUGUGGAAGCCCAUUUCCCAGGCGGGCAGGGGCUCAGCUCCCUGGGUGGUGCUCCGCCCGGUGGCGCCCAGCCGUUAGUGGUCAUUGGCUGCAUCCCUUGCCCGCCGAGCAGCGACCUCAGCCUGGCAGGUGCUCCCCAGCCCUGACCCCUCUCAGCCCCAGGGCUCUCUGCUCUGCACAGUCUGAACCCCGGCCUCAGAUCAGGCUCACCAGCCACUUUGCCUCCUCCCACUUCCGAGGGUUUUGAAAAAUUCGUUUCAAUCAUUUUGUGUUCAAAUAAAGAUCCUCUGGCCCAGGCUGAAGGUGCAGACAGCUCCAUGUAUGUCCCAGGAAAACCUGUGUUUACAAACCCGCCACCGCGGCUUCUGUGCCUGCAGAUCUGUGGGGAACCCUGGCUGUCCGCCCAGUGGGCUGCGUAGGCACUGAUGUUAAAUUAAAUUAUUUUUUUCCUUUCA